CAUGGAUGGCUACUGUUACCCUUAGCACUGGAUAAAUAGUGAAUGGAAUGCCUAAACUGAUGUUUAUUUCAUAGUAUUACAUUUGAAUGAGAGAUGUUGGCCGAGGUUCCAGGGAACCCUCUGGGCUCUGGCCUCCUCUGGACAGCCACUUGUGGUAAAGAUGAAAAGGGCCCAGGCCGAGCCCUGCAGCGGUCAAGGAAUGCCCAGAGGAAGACGUCCUCCCAGCGUAGCUGCUUCCUGGGGGUGGAGACCUGGGAAGAGCUGAAGUGGGAGGACUGGGAGCUGGGAGGGGAGUUCACUAAGACCCUGCUGCUGAAGAACAUCCGUGGGAAACUACAGAAACUACGCUUCAGGCCUCCUGUGUCAAAGUUCUUCACCACCCUGUUUCCUCAGAUCAUCACUCUGAGUCCUGGAACAUGUUUCUCUCUUCCUGUUACAUUCCGCCCCCUUGACAGGUGUGACUACCAGGACACCAUAGAGUUCCAGAGUAAGGAUGGGUUGUUCCAGGUGUCGCUAAGGGCGACCAUCCCUCGCCACGCUCUGGACGUACCUGAGUCUGUCCUCCUGCCCUCCUGUGCUGUUCUCCACCAAUCACAGACCACCUUCAUGUUCCGCAACGCCAGUAAACUGCAGACAGGUUUUCAGUGGGAGGUGCCCUCUCCCUUCCAGCUGUGUCCAGAGAGCGGGGUGCUGGAGCCGGGUCAGGAGUGUAGAGUCACGGUGCUCUUCAGACCACAGGAGGCGUUGGUGUACCAGGUGGAGGCUAGCUGUGCCUUCGGGGACGAGGGAGAGAACAGCUGCACUGUGCUCCUAAAGGGCCUGUCAAAGUACCCGUUCCUUCAGAUCAGUGCCCCGGGUCUGGAGGAAGGAUGGAAGGUUCUGGAGUUUGGCAAUGUGCCUGUCGGUUGCACCAUGGAAAGACACUUUGAGAUUCUCAAUCCAUCCUCAAUAACAACUUCCUUUAGUCUGUCCAGGAUGCAGCGUCCGGCGUUGUCAGAGUCAGUGUUCCAGUGUGGGGUCCAGAAGGGAGAGGUGGCCCCUCGUACCUCCAUCAGGGUAGCUGUGUUGUUCUCUCCUGUGACUGUGGACAGCACCACUGUGGACUACCUGUCUCUGACCUGCCCUGGGGCGCUCAGCAGAACCCUGCUCAAAGUCACCGGCACCUGCAUAGGUCCUCAGGUGUCCCUGUCCACCUCUGUGCUGGACUUUGGCUGUGUGGAUGAGGGUGAGGAGGCCAUGCUUACCGUGGACAUCAUCAACUCCUCCUCUGUGGAUGCCCAGUACCAGUUUGACUUGGAUGCCACAGGUUAUAGCGUCUUCACCCUAGAGCCAGCCUGUGGUACCCUGCCGCCCAACAGCCACCGGAGCCUACGCCUGCUCUUCAGACCACACCACCCCAUGGGACACCACAGGAGGAUUGUCUGCCUGCUGCUACACAGGGAGCCUCUGUUCCUGGACCUGAUAGGGACCUGUCACUCUGAGCAGCUGAAACCAGCCAUCCUUCACCCCAGACACCUGGUCAUGUACCGGCAGCACCUGGCCCGGGGACUCACCUGCUACCCUCCUGAUGUAGUCGGUGCCAUGUUGGCGGAAGGCAAGAUACAGGUGGACCGGGACGGGGCUCUGCUUUUACAAGAGGACCCUGCUGCUGUGCCAGAGAAGAGGCCUACGGAGGAAUAUUUCCAGGGCUGUGCAGGGGGCAAGUUGGAGGCCGAGCUAGGAGGCAGCGGUGAGGGGGUCAGCAGCGACAGUUUCCCCUUCUCCUUCUCCCACCUCACGGUGGAUCCCCCAGAGCUGCUGUUCUACAACGGCUCCCUGUCCACCUCCCAAUCUGUGACUGUCUCCAACCACACCAAGGGCAAGCUCAGCCUGGUCUGGACCCCCGCUCCUAACUCCCCCUUCUGUGUCACACCCUCGUCGUGUGAUCUGGGACCCCUGAAGUCGACUGCCUUCAGAGUCAGCUACGCGCCCCAGCAGCACAACACCUUCCAUGGGGCACAGCUAGAGUGCUUUGCUUUCUACAAGGUGUUGAGGGACCAUCGCCAGGUAGAGGACCGCACCCUGUGGCCUCCCUGGUGUGUCACAGUCCGGGUCAGUGGACACUCCUUCCAGCCUGGACGGGAGCACUUCAUACCCCGCUUCUCCCUUCGGCACCCCCAAGUGGUCUUCCCUGCUCUGAGCCUGGUCUCCUACAGGACUGUGCUCCUGGAGAACACAGGGGACCUACCCCUGGUGUUCAGGCUGGACCCAGAGGAGUGUCCUUCAGUCACUGUUCAGCCCACCAGCGGCCUGGUCCAGCCGGGACACCACCAGAUCCUCACCCUCAGGACCACCCCAGCAGAGGACUGCCCUGCCAAGCUACCCCUCACCCUGCACUUCAAUGCCAGCUCCAAGCACACCCAGGAGCUGUCGGUGGUGAGUGUGGUGGAGAAGCUGUGUGUGUCUCUGGAAGGGGAGGGCAGCCUGUUCUUCAAACCCACGGCGGUGGGAUCCUGCUCCCAGCGACCCUACAGGGUCAGGAACCUGACCAGGCUACCUCUGAAGUUCCGCUGGAGGAUCCCAGGACCAGACCAAUGCGUCAUCUCUGUGGCGCCUGACACGGGAGUCCUGCAGCCCAAUGAGAACAUGGUGCAGACGUGGUCCUUCACCCCAUUUGAGGAAAUGGUUUACAAUCUGAAGCCCAACCUGACCUUCUGGCCAAUCCAGACGCCUGGAUGCAGGUCUCGCCUCCCCCUGAAGGUUGUGGGCAUGGCCUCCAAAGGAUCCAUCCAGGCAGAGCGUGCGGUGCUGGACCUCGGGGAGGUGUUGGUGGGAGACUGCAGGUCCUUCGAGGUGCCUCUCAUCAACAACGGCUCCUGUUCUGUCAGCUUCUGUUUGGCCGUACAACAGAGCCUACUGGACCCGGGGCUGUCUGAGAACACACAGAAAGACACUGUUGCUCCUCCAGGUCCAGUGGUUAAUAGCUUUACCCCUGUCCUGGAGCUGGACACUGUGAGCGGCACCAUCCCAGCUCGCUCCAGGCUGCUGAUCCGCUCCACUGUGAGGCCUGCCAGGAGGACCAGAUACUGCUGGGACCUGACCUACCAGACACUCAGCUCUGCAGGCUCUGUGCUGGAUGGUCCCCAGCCUCUGUGCCAGGUGCGGGGUGAGGGGGUGUUCCCCACCCUGGAGGUGACAGAUGUGCGUUGCAGUGGCAGCAUGGAUGGGCUCAGCAAGCUGCAGCUCUGGAGCCUCUUUUCACUGGGCCACCUCAACGCCCACCUGCAGAGAGACCCCGCCCCGCCGGAGCUCACCUACCGGGUGCCCACCAGACACAGUCUGCGUCGCUGUCCCUCCAUCUUCACGUCGGCCAUGUUGGAUUUCAACUUCAGCGCUGCUCCGUUGGGCUCAGACCCCUCUAGUGUGCUGCUGAUGUUUGAGAACAUUGGGAGCAUCCCUGUCGAGUGGUCGUUCCUGUUCCCAGAGGACCAGCAGAUAGAGCUUGAGUACUGGGCUGAGACGGGAGAGUUCAGUACUACAGAGCUCCACCACAUGAAGGUGCAGGAGAACAGGCUGUUUAACAUAGAACCCCCCUCUGGUAAACUACAUCCAGGACAGCAGAAGGCAGUGACAUUUACCUACAGACAUGACUUUGCUGGUACUGACCACCUCCCCGUUCUGUUCAAGCUCUCUCACGGCAGAGAGAUUCUGUUCAACUUCAUGGGAGUGACAGUGGAGAGAGACAGACACUACCUCCAUUUCACGUCCACCAAGCACGUCUUUGCCCCAGUGGCCAUCGGGGGGUUCAACCCACCUAAACAGGUGUAUGAGCUGCACAAUGGAGGGGCUGUCCCUCUGAGGUACCGUGUGGACACAGAGCCCCUGGAACAGCUGACGGCUGAUAACUUUGGUCACCCCGUGCUGCAGUGUCUCAACCCCCAGGGAGAGGUGAAGCCUGGCAGGACAGCCCUGCUGGAGUGGGUCAUCUCCCCCCUGGAGGCCAAGACGUACAGUGUGGACAUCCCUGUCCAUGUGCUGGAGGGAGACACUAUGCUGAUGACGUUUGAAGGCUGUGGGUUUGAUAACCGGGCGCUGGGGGAGUCGGCACCAGUACAGCUCCGUGAUGCGUACAUGUCUGUCCCCAGCACACAGAGGAUGCCCCUGCCCAACCAGGUGCUGUUCCUGUCAGAGGAGAGAGUGUCCCUUGGGGACAUCCCAGUCUGCACUCGCUCCACACGGGUCCUGUUCCUGACCAACGUCUCCCACAGUGACAGAGUCCUCUAUGCCUGGAGCCUGACUGACCAGUCAGUCCAGAUCUCCCCAGAGCAUGGCACUCUGUCUCCAGGGGAGAGUGCUCUCUGUAUCCUGACUCUCCAGGCCUCUGGCAGCCCCAGCUUCUACCAGCUAGACCUCAUCUGUGAGGUGACCCUGGAGGAGGCAGUGUCUCAGUACCGUCGGGAUCUACAGCAGUGGGAGUCGGAGAGAGACAGACAGAGGAAUGAGUUUACCCUGACUGAGAAAGACCUGCAGCAGAGCCACACCAGCUACCCCCGGGGUCACACACAGAGCCACACCAGCUACCCCCGGGGUCACACACAGAGCCACACCAGCUACCCCCGGGGUCACACACACCUUCCUCUUGUCCUGGUGCAGGAAGGCCUACCGUCUCAGAAGACUGGACCUGUAGGCAGGAAAUACAAGACUCUGCCUCCUAUCCACAGCAGCAGUGACGUGGUGGGGGGUAUGUGUGCCAGGCCAAGUCGUGCCGAGCGGAGGGCCCAGAGAGAAGCUAGCCAGGUAUGGAGGAGACCUGAACCGCCCCGCCCCACCCUGCUACACCUGGGGGUCACCGCCCGCUCACACUCCCUCCUAGAGUUCCAGACCUUCUUCCCCUCCCUGCUCAGCAAACACCACAUCAACAGGUCGGCCCAGCCCAGUGUGACCCGUUGUGGAUCCCGUCAGAGCAGACCUCCCUCUGUAGACAUGCCCCCUCUCAGCCACGGACCAGAGAGAGAGAUCAUUACCCACGCUCUCACUUCCAUAUUCAGGAGCCUCCUGGACGACCCUCACUUCCACCACUCUCUGGUGAACGGUGUGGCUGAACCUGUGCCCUACUUCUCCCAGCUGAGACCGACUCCUUACCUCCCUAGCCCACAUCUCCCUGGUACCGUCAUGCCCUACCCCGGGACCAGGGAGGCCCCUCCAGCUUGCCCCCCUACUCCUCAGCUCCUCGUGGGGGGCAGUCUGAACAGUGCUGGGGUAACAGAGGUAACAGAGCCACAGCCACGGACCCAGAAGCCAACAGUGAAGAGAGAACAUCAGCUCAGCAUUCAGGAGACCAUCCGCAGGUUGCCAGAGUUCUGUGACGUGACAGAGGAGGUUCUCCUCAACACCUUACAGAACCUGAUGGUGGAGGCUUUCCUGGGAGAGCUGGUCCUUACUGCCAGGCCACGAAUCAUCGCCCUGCCUCCUGUCUCUGCCAGGAGGAACAGCUGUGGUUCCAGGAGGCUGUCCAGAGGAGCUGCUGACCCAGACAGGAGCAGAGAGACCAGGGGAUCUCCUCAGGGUCUCAGCCCCAGCCCUGGUCCUCACCUACCACCACCCUCUGCACUACUGGCCAACCUGGCAUGGACCUAACCACAGUGCUUUACUCCACACAAUGCAUCAUCUCAUUAUUUCAUACCCAAUAAAUACUGGACAUGAAGACA